AUGGUAGAGGAUGUUGCCCCGCAGGAAUACUCGGAGAAGGGUGCCCUAGCGGCACACGCCGACGCCCGGGAGCUCGUCCGCCUGGUCCAAUGCCCGCAGUGCUCGAAGCCUUUCAACGCUCCCGUGACGCUGCCAUGCGGUCACACCGCCUGCCGUAGCUGUCUCCCCAACCCCGUCGCCCGCACCAACAUCUCCUAUCCGAAUACCCCAGACCGACUCCUCGGCAUAUCCUGUCCACUGGCAUCAUGCGGGGCCGAACAUGCAGCGGCCGAAUGCAGCGUGGAUGUGACUUUGACGAAGCUCAUGGAGCUCAUAAAGAAUGAGGUUGCCAAGCACUUGCCAUUGGUGGCAGAUAUGCCUAUACACCUGCAAGAGAUUCUGAAGUGGGAUGGCGACGUAGCAAUGGAAGAGAAUGAAAAGACGGAAGCGAAAGGAAAUUCGAGAGUGUUGCAAGGUGGCCGACUGGUCUCCACUUUCGUCAUGGCCGAGAUGGGUGACCUGCGGUAUAGUUCCGAGGUCGAAUACAAGACGCUCUCUGAUGCCCACGAUGACCAAGACUUGAAUAAUGCAUUGCUGGAGCGGCUGCGAGACGCUGCGCAGAAAGAGCUCGAUUGUCACGUGUGUUAUAACAUGAUGCUGGAUCCGACGACGACAUCGUGUGGUCACACGUUCUGCCGCCGCUGCCUUGUCCGUGUCAUGGACCACAGCAGCAUAUGCCCUGUGUGCCGACGAGGAUUGCACAUCCCAGCCUCGCUGCAGAACAAACCUAGCAAUACUCUGCUCAAUGCACUCCUGAAUGGCCUCUGCCCCGAGCUAGUCGAGGCCCGACACAGGGCCGUUGAGGCGGAAGAGCAAGGUGGUGAUGAUGACCUCAACACUCCGCUCUUCGUCUGCACGUUAUCGCUCCCGACCAUGCCUACGUUCCUCCACGUCUUCGAACCUCGAUACCGUCUGAUGAUGCGUCGUUGCGUCGAAGGUAACAGACAAUUUGGCAUGGUCAUGUACAACCGCAACUCUGCUCCACAGGGUGACAUGGGUUCUACACAGUUUCUCGAAUAUGGCACUCUCCUCGAGAUCGUCAAUUUGGAGCUACUGCGUGACGGACGUAGCUUCGUGGAAACGCGAGGUAUCGGCCGCUUCAAGAUUCGCAGGCACGGUAUGCUUGACGGAUACCACGUGGCUCGGGUCGAGCGAGUAGAGGAUCUUUCUCUGGCCGAAGAGGGACUUCUGGAGCAAAGUGAGACUACUGUCGCAAACGAGUUUGCGCAGCGAUAUCAGCAGGACAACCCGGAUAUGCCGCUUCCUUUGGAUGUCGCUAUCAACCGGUUCUCUACCCAGGAGCUGCUGGACAACUGCAUGACUUUUAUCCGCCAGAUGCGAGACGCUAGUGCCCCCUGGCUGAGCGCGCGCAUUGUCCAAGUGUACGGCGAGCCACCCGAAGACCCAGCUCUUUUCCCCUACUGGUUUGCAUCCGUCGUUCCCAUUGCCGAAGAAGAGAAGUACUCAUUGCUGCGGACGACGCGUGUCCGCGAGCGCCUAAAGAUUGUGUAUUCGUGGAUUAGGAGAAUACGGGGUCAGAGAUGGUAA